AUGGAGCGUUACGACCGUGCUAUCACCAUCUUCUCGCCGGACGGCCAUCUCUUCCAAGUCGAAUACGCAAACGAGGCGGUCAAGAAGGGAUCCACUGCGGUUGGAGUGCGCGGGAAGAACUGUGUCGUCAUCGGCGUGGAGAAGAAGACGAUUCCCACUCUACAGGAUGACCGAACUGUGCGCAAAAUUCAUAUGAUUGACGAUCAUAUCAUGCUUGCCUUUGCUGGCCUGUCGGCGGAUGCACGUGUGCUUGUCGACCGUGCUCGCAUGGAGUGCCAAUCAUACAAGCUGCGCCUUGAGGAUCCUGUGACUGUGCACUAUAUUUCCCGAUACGUCGCUGACACUAAGCAGGCAAAUUCGACCGGCCGUGGCGAAAAAGCUGUUCGCGAGUUCCUGGAAGAGAAGUACAAUGACGAAAACGUGCAAGACGAGGCGGCUACUCUCAAGCUGGUAGUAAAGGCGCUCUCACAGGUCGUUCCAUCUGGGGCUAGCAACAUCGAGAUUGCUGUGAUGACAUCUGCCACGGGAAAGCCUGGCGAAUGCCACCAGCGGGUGUUGACUACCGAGGAAGUUGAUGGCCUCCUAAAGGUUGUGGAAGCUGAGCGUCAAGCCACCGAGGCCGAGGAAGCAGCCCGCAAAGAAGCCGCCCGCACAGGUGCUCCGAAACAACAG